AUGCCGCGAAUCAGCGCUCUAGCACUCGUAGUGGCCGCCGCAGCGCUGCAGCGGCCAUCGAUGGCGCCGCUGCGUUGCAACGCCUUGCGCGCGGAGCCGGGCCCGGGCGGACCGCCGCCCGGCGUUGCAACCGGCGGCCCGCCGCGAGGCCCGCCGCCCGGCGUGAAAGGCGGCCCGCCCGGCGGCCCGCCGAAGAAGCAGCGCGACGAAACGAACCCCGUCGUGGACGCAGCCGUCGACGCGCUCUUCUCGCUGCUCUACGUAGGCGACGACAGCGGCGCCGCGGACUCGUCCAAGAACUUGAGGGUCUUGUGGACGCGCGCCGUGCUGUCCGGCCGCGGCAUCAUCGACGAUCCGCAGGCCUUCGAGUGGCUGCCGACGAAUACGAGGUGGCUCGUGAGCCCCGAGAACGCGAAGCGCCUCCCGGAGUCGCUGAUCGAAAAGCUCGAGUGGAUCGGGUCGCGGACGCGGUUUCUGGAUCAAGCCGUGGACGCCUUUCUGGCCGAGCACGCUUCACCACAGAUCGUCGUCGUCGGCGCGGGCUACGACACGCGCUGCGCGCGGUACGGCGGGCGCGCGAAAUUCUUCGAGGUGGACCUGCCGAGCGCUGUGGACGCCAAGAAGCGCAUCCUGGCAAAACGGUCGCCUUCUAUCACCGUCGAGCACCUUCCUCUAAACCUGGAGGACCUCAAGGCAGGCCCGUCCCUGCCGGAGCGCCUCGCCUCUUCCACAUCUUUCGACGCUUCCAGACCGACGCUCUACGUCUUCGAGGCCGUCCUCUUCUACCUCUCGCCGCCCGCGUGCUCUGCUUUACUCGACGCGGCCCUAAACCAGGGCGCGCGCGUGGCCCUCACGGACUCCCUCACGAAACUCGGCGUCGCGCCGCGCGGCCCGGCGCCGCCGCCCAACAAGGUCGCCUGCGCCGAGUUCUUCGAGGGCCGCGGCGGCGCGCUCGGCGCGCACGACGUGCGCUGGGGCGGGGCGCUGCACUACGCGGACGUCGUGGCGUCUUCUUCGACGGCGUAAGGCCUGUUUAACCUUAUACGUGGCGGCC